UACUAGGAAUGGACGCUCCCAAAGACUAUUAUAUACGCACCUCCAUUAUGAUGCAUCGUUCCAGAAUAUUUGGAAAAGCACAGAAUAUGGAAUAAACAUAGCUACAGAUCAAACCUAAAAUAACUGUUUUAUCAACAAACUUUAAUUGAAAGCAAUUUCAACAUAUAAAUGCCUGAAAUGGAAACGAUAUCCAUAGCAUACAAGUCAGAGAACCCCAGGCUCCAAAGUGACAGAGGCCUAGAGGUCAAGUCUCUGGUGUCCAGUAGUAACAGCAAAGCAACACCUCCAUCAAAGGGAAAAGCCACUCACAGGGCUACUGCUGACCUGUACCACGCCCCAAAGUUCCAAAAGGCUAAAGUCCUAUAUGAGUCCAUCAUGCUUGUUGACUCCAGCAACCGCAAUGAAAUCAGGAUGAUCGUGAGGAUGAUUGGCUUCCCCCUGACAGAGAAGCAGCUGAAUAACAUAAAAAAACAAGAAAUACAAUUAUUGGAAGAUAUCAAAAAGAAAGAAAUUAAAAGAAAGGAGCUAGAAAAGAAAUGGAGCCAGCAGCAGAGGCCUAAAUGGAUCCUCAAGCUCAUCAAGCUGCGACAGGGGAGAAAACCCGUCCAUGGCAGCAGCGGACUGAAGACAACAGCCAGCCAGAGUGAAGGGGGCUCUGCCCGUACAUCAGAUAAGGCGACAAGCAACAAGGGGCAAAAGAGAACAGCCAGCCAGAUGAAAGGAGAAAGCAGCUGUACCUUAGAGGCACCUGGAAGGGGACAGAAGAGAGCAGCCAGCCAGAUGGAACAAGUAGAACUCAACUCAUUCAUACGCUUCUUCAAUAUACCUCCCAGCCAGAAGAAGUUGAGAGUCAUUGAUAUUUACUCAUAUGUAUUUGCACCCAGUCACAUAGCCGAUCACACAUAUGCACGCAAGAAUAGUUCUUAA